UGGCAUUUUUUAUUCGGCAUCACCAUCGACAAGUGUGCGAUACGUUCGUGUAAUAACAUUUUUUUUAGAAAGUUCAAGCUAAUUUCUUGUUAAAGUAAAUUUCAAAAUGGAGCGUGUAUAUGUUGGAAAUUUGCCUCCAGAUAUUCGCAUUAAAGAUAUCGAUGAUUUCUUUAGACCUUUUGGUAAACUUGUCUAUAUUGAUGUGAACCAUCGUACUAAUCCGGUAUAUGCAUAUGUGCAAUUUGACAGUGCUCGAAAUGCCUUUAAUGCAGUUAAAUCCAGACAUGGAUAUGACUAUGAAGGUUACACAUUACAAUUGCGAUUGGUAGAAAAUGAGGUUAGAAAACGUCGGGACGCUACACCUCCGCCGCCACCACCACCCAUGUUGACCGAAUUUGGUUUACAAAAUAAUCGUGGCGGCUAUAACAAUGAUUCUGGAAAUAAUUACAAUAAUAAUCGAAUGGGUGGAAAUUUUCCUAGCUCAUCAUUCCAAUCAGGUUCCAGUUCUCAAUGGUCCGGUAACAAUCGUUCAAAUAUGUCCCAGCAGCAACAGCAAAAUAUGUCUCAAUACAAUGCAAAUAAUCGUGUUAAUAUGCCACAGCAAACUAUGAUGGAUUACCAACAGCAGAAUAUGAUGCCAUAUUCAUCCAAUGGCCGUUCUAAUGUACAGCAAAAUCCAAAAUCUAACCGUUCAAAUAAUCAGCAAAAUAUGAACUCUAAUCGUUCAAAUAUGCCGCAAAAUAUGAACUCUAAUCGUUCAAAUAUGCCGCAAAAUAUGAACUCUAAUCGUUCAAAUAUGCCGCAAAAUAUGAACUCUAAUCGUUCAAAUAUGCAGCAAAAUAACUCCAAUCGUUCGAAUAUGCAGCAAAAUAUGAACUCUAAUCGUUCUAAUAUGCAGCAAAAUACGAACUCUAAUCGUUUAAAUGCACAGCAACAAUAUUCCAACUCAAAUCGUUCGAAUAUGCAAAAUAUGAAUAAUUAUUCGAAUAUGUCCCAACAAAAUAUGAAUAAUUAUUCAAAUAACUCCCAACAAGAUAUGAAUAAUUAUUCAAAUGCAAAUCGUUCCAAUAUGUCCCAACAACAACAAAAUAUGAAUAUGAUGAAUUACUCCAACAACAACAAUUCUUGGAACAAUGGUAACGAUAAUAUGGGAUGGAAUUCUGGCAACAAUAUUGGUGGCGGCAAUAACUACAAUAAUGCUGCGCCUAAUAAUAUGUACAAUCCCAACAAUGAUCCUUAUGCCACAGCAGGUUUUGAGGAUAGUUUCACACAUGGAUUGAGUGGCUCUGGACGUAAAUGGUUUAAUCGUUAUAUACGCAAAGGCUUUUCACCUGAAAUGGCACGUUCUAAAGCAUUAGAGCAUAGAACUGUUCCAUAUCUUAGAGAAGAUCCCACGCCAAUUAACCCAAUUCCGGAUGAUACUACAAAUAUGGCGUUGGAAACUAUUGGGAAUACAAUUCUAUCAUUGUUGUCUACUAAUCCAGGUGACAACUUCAACAAUGAAAAUCAAAUGAUGCAAUCCUUUUCAAAUUGGGGUGGCGAUAACUUCCAAGCUGGAAACUUUGAUAUGCCGGGUCCAAGCACAUCUAGAGGUAGAGGAAAUAUGGUGGCACAGAGUUCAGCAGUAGGAGGUCAACCACGUAAUCGAGUUUCGAAACAACAGUAUCUAAAAUCAGUAGAUAUUUUGAAAAAACUUAGAGGCAAAAGUGCAAAUGCCAAAGAUAGACUUUCUAGAAAAUAUCAUACCCAGAUCGUAAAAGAUUAUGAAGAGUUCGAGAAAUCUUCCUCGGCUAACAAUCGCGGCCCUAGAACUUUAUCAAAUCCAAGAAACGACAGACAAAUUGCUUCUAAGGCUGCCGAUGGCAAAACAUAUGCCCAAUUGUCGAUUGCAUUAAGGAAGAAAAAGCAACAGCUAUUCUUAGCUGCCAGGCGUAUGCAAAUUGAACCCAAAGGACGUUAUGGUGGCGCAUAUAAGAAACGCAUGAAAAUCUUAAUGAACGAUUGUGGCUUCUCCGAGCUUGAAGCUAAAGCAUUGGCAGUUCAUCCCUUGGAAAAACUUGGAGAUCUUAUGUCAUUGAAAGUCCAAUAUGAUAAUGCUUCGAAAAAGAAGCCGACUUCCGUUUCAUUAACUAAACCAGUUGGCAAUAAAAAUAUGAAGAGUGCGGCUUAUCGGAACGAUAUUAAUUACAUAAAAAUGUACGAGAAACAAAAGCUGGAUGGUUUAAGCCCUCGUAUUAAGUCAGCUAUACGUGCUUGCUUAGUCAGAAUACAUAAGCAUGAAAAGGAAGCAAAACUACCAUUGACUAAAUCUAAAUUCACUAAAUUGUUACCAAGUAAAACGGACCAGAAACCCAAAACCACUACUACUGCUACACAAAAGAAACAGGAUGAAAAUAAAAAAGCCACCACCACAACCACAAAGAAAACUGUUGUUGCAAACAAACCGAAAGUUGCUGCAACAAACACUAAAAAGGUAGCAGAGAAAAAAGAUAAAGAACCACCAACUACCACUAAAGAUGAACAAAAUACUAAAGAGGAUGCUGUUGCCGCGGAAGAACCUCACAAGAAUGAAGAUAUAAAGGAAGAAAAGCAUAAAGAAGAUGGAGAUGCUGCCGAAAAUGUUGAGGAACAUGAAGAAUAGAAAGUAAUUAGAACCCACUAAAUAUAACCUUACAUGAUAAUAGAAACAACAAAAAAAAAAUAAUUAUACUUUAUUAUGUCAGUCAGCAUUAUCUACAUAUUCUGAAAUUUUUGGAUUUAUUGUAUUAAUAUCAAACCAACCGAUUAUUCAUUCUAUAUGUAUGUAUGAUUCAUUACAUACUUAAAUAAAUUAUUUAAACGGAAAUUCAUAUUUCAAUAAAUCGUAAAAAUAAUUAAGUAAGUAAA